AUGGAGGCUGGAGCGUUGUGCUGGCCAAGACAAAGGCAAGUCCUAUUUGUCUUUCUUUUUGGGGGAGUAUCCUUGGCAGGUUCUGGGUUUGGACGAUAUUCGGUAACAGAGGAAACAGAGAGAGGAUCAUUUGUGGUCAAUCUGGCAAAGGAUCUGGGGCUAGGGGACCAGGAGUUGGUUGCAAGGGGAGCCCGGGUGGUCUCUGAUGACAACAAACAACACCUGCUCCUGGAUUCUCAGACUGGAGAUUUGCUCACGAAUGAGAAACUGGACCGGGAGAAGCUGUGUGGCCUCACAGAGCCCUGUAUGCUAUAUUUCCAAAUUUUAAUGGAUAACCCCUUUCAGAUUUACCGAGCUGAGCUGAGGGUCAGGGACAUAAAUGAUCAUUCACCAAUGUUUCGGGACCAAGAGACAGUCUUAAAAAUAUUAGAAAAUACAGCUGAAGGGACAGCAUUUCGACUAGAAAGAGCACAGGAUGCAGAUGGAGGACUUAACGGUAUCCACAGCUACACCAUCAACCCAAACUCUUUUUUCCAUAUUAAAAUUAGUGACAGUGAUGAAGGCAUGAUAUAUCCAGAGCUAGUGUUGGAUAAGGCACUGGAUCGGGAGAAGCAGCAUGAGCUCAGUUUAACACUCACGGCACUGGAUGGUGGUUCUCCACCCAGGUCUGGGACCACCACAAUACGAAUUGUGAUCCUGGACAUCAAUGAUAAUGCCCCCCAGUUUUCUCAGACAAUCUAUGAGACCCAGGCCCCAGAGAACAGCCCAGUAGGGUCCCUUAUUGCAAAAGUCUCUGCGGGAGAUGUAGAUUCUGGAGUCAAUGCAGACAUAUCCUAUUCACUUUUUGAUGCUUCUGAAGAUAUACGAACCACCUUUCAAGUCAAUCCUUUUUCUGGGGACAUUGUUCUCACAGCGUUGCUUGACUAUGAGCUAGUAAAGUCUUACAAAAUAAAUAUACAGGCAAUGGAUGGAGGGGGCCUUACUGCAACAUGUACGGUUUUGGUGGAGGUAUUAGAUAUCAAUGACAAUCCCCCUGAACUGAUCAUAUCGUCACUUUCCGACUACGUUGCUGAGAAUUCUCCUGAGAUCGUACUGGCUGUUUUUAGAAUUAAAGACAGAGAUUCUGGAGAAAAUGGAAAGAUGCUUUGCUACAUUCAAGAUAAUCUGCCAUUCCUUCUAAAACCCUCUCUGGAAAAUUUUUACAUCCUAAUGACAGAAGGAGGGCUGGAUAGAGAGAGCCAGGCCGAGUACAACAUCACCAUCACC